AGCCAAAAUUGCUCAAUCGCUAGUAAAAAUAAUGUUUCAGAAUCUUUCCCAAACCCUAAAAUCAUUACCCAAAUCAGUGAUAUCAAUUUCCUAUCUUCAUACCCGCAACAAAACCCUAAUCUCGAAUCCCGCGAUAAAUUUCAUCUUGGAUGAAUUUGAAGACCUUCAAUCAUCAAACCCAGUUAGCAUUUCAACACAACAGGCUCCCAAAACCGCAGAACCAGUUGACUCUGGAUCAUCGAGUAUUCAGAAUGAGCAAGAGUGGCCGGAAUGGGUUGGGUUGAUGGAGAAGUUGAUGAAAAAUGGAUACUUUGAUGGUGUUGGGAAUCCAUUUCGAAGUGGAGGGUUGAUUGAUGGGAAGGGUUGUAAUCAAAUUCGGACCGCUUGUCUCAAUUUUGCGCGUGAUCGGCCUGGUCUCAUGAGCCACCUUAAGAAUAGAGAUAUACAGACAGUUGCAGGAUCUGGCUGUCCAAGCAUGGACAGGAAAGUUGUGAACUCAGGGAAACGGCUAAGGGCGCACAUGUCUAUCGAUGAAGGAAAUCAGGUUUGCAGCUCCUGCAUUUUGAGGGGAAACUGUGAGAGGGCACAUGUGAAGGCACGCGAAGAUGAAGGUGGCCGCACUGUGGAUGUCAUGCGUCUUGUACUCACGUACGGCCUUAAUCAUAUUACUAGCUCAGAUGUUAGUGAGCCAUUCUUAAACAAAAGGCUGGAGGAAGCAAUAAGAAGUUUAAUUAAAGAUAUGGUGAAAUUUAGCAAGGAUGAACUCGAUUAUGAUAAUUCAAAACGGGUUCCAUCUGUCCAUAGAAGUCCAACUCAACAACAAGAACACAUAUCGAUCGUUUCUACAACCCAAAGCGACUGGAAUUGUCCCAAAUGCAAGUUCUUGAAUUUUGCCAGAAACGUCAAGUGUAAGGUCUGUAAUAGCCUAUUAUUCCAUGAAAGACAUCAGGGAUCAUGGAACAGUCGGGAGUUUAGCCAGUUGAAGAAGGGAGAUUGGCUAUGUAUAAGAUGCCAUUUUCUAAAUUUUGCCAAGAACACAAGAUGUUUGCAGUGCCAUACGAACCCACCGAAGAGGCAGCUUAACCCUGGGGAAUGGGAGUGCGACUCAUGCAACUACAUAAACUUCAAAAGAAACAUGGUAUGCUUGAAAUGCGAUCAUAAACGCCCAAAAGCUUUCAAUAACUCCACCUCUUGAUUACAACAAUCGAUCAAGGUAAUUUGGUUCAGCAAUGCUUCAUGUCACCACAGGCAAGCACAACUUCAAAUUUUCG